UGGUGGAACCGGGAAUUUCACUCCCUUUCUCAGCCCCUGAUACUAUUCAGGUCUUUGAAACUGGGGUGCUACAUCCCCUGAAAGGAGAAUAUAGGGAGACUAGAAUUCUAGAUCUGCAGGGGCACAGGCCUUCCCCCCACAUUGGGGUGUUGAGAAAUCCAGGGACCAUGUUGUGGACUCAUUUUGUUGUUGUUUUGCUUUGGGGGGACCACACCCAGCAGGGCUUAGUCUUGACUGCUCUUUUUCUCAUUCCUAGUGGGGCUCAGGGGGACCAUAUGGGAUGCCAGGGAUUGCACUCGGCUGAUUGUGUGCAAGGGUACAUGGCAAGUGCCCUCCCCGCUGUACUAUUGCUUGGAGUCUUGGAGGAGGGGCCUAAGCCUAAGGUCCUGGAGGAUCCCCGGGCUCUAGUCCUGGACUCUGGCAGGUGCUGGCCCAGGCCCUGACUUCCUGAAGAGAGAUGAAGAGACCGAGAUUCAGAGAGGUUCAGACACUUGCCCGAGGCCACACAACUAAUCUCACCUGCCUCUGCUGCUCCCACCCCUGCGCUGCGCCAUGGCUCCCGGCUCCUCGGCCUGGGCGCUCCUCCCGCCGCCGCCCGCCGCGCUGCCCUUCCUGCUGCUUCUCUGGGCCGGGGCCUCUCGGGGCCAGCCGUGCCCGGGCCGCUGCAUCUGCCAGAACGUGGCACCCACGCUGACCAUGCUGUGCGCCAAGACGGGCCUGCUCUUCGUGCCACCUGCCAUCGACCGGCGCGUGGUGGAACUGCGGCUCACCGACAACUUCAUCGCUGCCGUGCGCCGGAGGGACUUUGCCAACAUGACCAGCCUCGUGCACCUCACCCUGUCCCGCAACACCAUCGGCCAGGUGGCGGCGGGCGCCUUCUCUGACCUGCGGGCCCUGCGCGCCUUGCACCUGGACAGCAACCGGCUGGCCGAGGUGCGGGGUGACCAGCUCCGUGGCCUGGGCAACCUGCGCCACCUCAUCCUGGGCAACAACCAGAUCCGCCGCGUGGAGCCGGCUGCUUUUGACGCCUUCCUGGCCACCGUGGAGGACCUGGACCUGUCCUACAACAACCUGGAGGCCCUGCCGUGGGAGGCGGUGGGCCAGAUGGUCAACCUCAACACCCUCACGCUGGACCACAACCUGAUCGACCACAUCGCCGAGGGCACCUUCGUGCAGCUGCACAAGCUGGUGCGCCUCGACAUGACCUCCAACCGUUUGCACAAGCUGCCCCCCGAUGGGCUCUUCCUGCGCUCUCAAGGCGCUGGGCCCAAGCCCCCCACCCCGCUCACGGUCAGCUUCGGGGGCAACCCACUGCACUGCAACUGUGAGCUGCUCUGGCUGAGGCGGCUGACCCGUGAGGAUGACCUGGAGACGUGUGCCACCCCGGAGCAUCUCACCGACCGUUACUUCUGGUCCAUUCCCGAGGAGGAGUUCCUGUGCGAGCCUCCCCUCAUCACCCGGCAAGCCGGUGGCCGAGCCCUGGUGGUGGAAGGCCAGGCCGUGAGCCUGCGAUGCCGUGCCGUGGGGGACCCUGAGCCCGUGGUGCACUGGGUGGCCCCCGAUGGACGCUUGCUGGGCAAUUCCAGCCGGACCCGGGUCCGGGGUGAUGGAACGCUGGAUGUCACUAUCACCACUUUGCGGGACAGUGGCACGUUCACUUGCAUUGCGUCCAACGCGGCCGGUGAGGCCACGGCACCCGUGGAGGUGUGCGUGGUCCCGCUGCCCCUAAUGGCACCGCCACCCGCUGCCCCUCCGCCCCUCACCGAGCCGGGUUCCUCGGACAUCGCCACACCCGGCCGGCCCGGGGCCAACGAGUCGGCCACUGAACGUCGCCUCGUAGCGGCAGAGCUGACCUCGAACUCGGUGCUUAUCCGCUGGCCGGUGCAGAGGCCGGUGCCCGGUAUCCGCAUGUAUCAGGUCCAGUACAACAGCUCCGCCGAUGACUCGUUGGUCUACAGGAUGAUCCCCUCGACCAGCCAGACCUUCCUGGUGAACGACCUGGCGGCGGGCCGCGCCUACGACCUGUGCGUGCUGGCCGUGUACGACGACGGCGCCACCACGCUGCCGGCCACCCGCGUGGUGGGCUGCGUGCAGUUCACCACGGCCGGGGACCCCGCGCCCUGCCGCCCGCUGCGGGCCCACUUUCUGGGCGGUACCAUGAUCAUCGCCAUCGGCGGCGUCAUCGUGGCCUCCGUGCUGGUCUUCAUCGUCCUGCUCAUGAUCCGCUAUAAGGUCUACGGCGACGGCGACGGCCGGCGGGGCAAGGGCGCCUCCAGAUCGCCCCCGAGGGUGAGCCACGUGUGCUCGCAGACCAACGGGGGGGCCCAGCCGGCGCCCGAUCGCUACGAGGCGCUGCGGGAGGUGAUGACACCGGCGGCCCUGGAGGCCAAGGCGGCGGCCGCCGGGCCCGAGCCCGAGCCCGACGCGGCUGCGGCGGCGGCGCCCCUGGGACGCUCCCUGGGCGGCUCGGCCACCUCGCUGUGCCUGCUGCCGUCGGAAGAAGCCUCAGCCGAGGAGUCUCGGGGCGCGCCGGCGGGGCCUCGCAGGAGCCGCUCCGGGGCUCUGGGCCCGCCCGCCUCGGCGCCCCCGACUCUCGCCCUGGUGCCCGGGGGUGGCGGCCGGCCUCGGCCGCAGCAGCGCUACUCCUUCGACGGGGACUACGGGGCGCUGUUCCAGAGCCACAGCUACCCGCGCCGCGCCCGCCGGACAAAGCGCCACCGCUCCACGCCGCACUUGGACGGGGCCGGAGCGGGCGCGGCCGGCGACGACCACCACGACGACGACGGAGACCUGGGGCUGCGCUCGGCCCGGGCGCGCCUGGCCUUCACCAGCACCGAGUGGAUGCUGGAAAGUACCGUGUGAAGCGGGGACAGCGUUUGGGGGGACGCCGCCGAGCCCGGGGGACUCGGAGCGGAGCCGUGCGCGCGCGCGCCCCUUCCCCUUCGUUCUCCGCCGCCGCCUCUGACAGCUCCGUAUUUGACAGGUCAGAGGCCACGCCCACAACGGGGCGGAACCAACAUUGGCUCCUCCCAGGCCCGAGGAGGCCACGCCCAUAACGGAUGGGGUAAAGACGGCCCCUCCCCGACCAGAGGAGGCCACGCCCUCAACGGGGCGGGACCAAACGGUGGCCACGCCCCGAAUGAGCGGUGGUUACACCCGCAUCGGGGCGGGGUCAGAGUUAACCCCGCCCACGCCUCCUCCCACUCCUGUCCCUCCCCCCGCGCGCUCGCGGACCUCCGUGGAGCCGGUGCCUUACACAGCGAAGCGCGGGGAGGGGCAGGGCCCCCCAACACUGCAGCACUGAGACACGAGCCCCCUCUUCCACCUCCUCUUCUUCCCGCCCGGAUCCCCCCGGGCCAAGGGGCCGAGGGGCCCAUCCAUUCAUUCCUUGUAUCUGGCUGGACUAGAUCCUGAUUCUGUCCCGCGGCGGCCUCCAAAGCCCCCACUUUCUCCCCAAAAAUAAACCCCCACCCCCACUCAACCUCUCUGGUCCCAUCGGGUCUGGCUUGGGGGUACCCUGAUUCUCUGCUCCUCCCUGUCUGUCUGUGUUGUCUGUCUGUGUGUGUGUGUCUGUCUGUCUGUCUGUCUUAUUCAGUCCUCCAUUGGUCUCUGUCUUUUUUUUUUUUUUUUUUGUCUCUCUGUCUCUCCCUCCUGGUGUCUUUUUUUCUCUGUAGUCUUGUUCGUUCUCUCUCCAUGCACCCCCCUCACCUUAGCCCCCCAAUUCUGUCCCAUCUUUCAAGAUUACCUCUCCCCAGCCACGCAUCUCCCCGGGCAGGUCCCACCAGAAGGACCAGACUGUCUUCUAUCUCUUCUCCCUUCCAAAUUAAUCCCCCUCCCUAUGAACAACAACAACAAAAAUUCAAAAACCAAAUCCCCUCCCUCGCCGGAGCAGGGACCUUCCGCCGCAGCAGAAUUAAACUUUUUUCUGUGUCCGA